UGUUUUAACGGUAGUCACAAUACACUUCCGGAUAUUACCUCCUGGACAGUUUGCUCCCGGUUUGAGAACAGCAGUAACUGUUGUUGUUCAGUUUGUAAAUAAACAUGCCCAAAUCGCCUUCCAAAACUUCCAAGAAAAAGAAAUAUAAUGCACGUUUUCCGCCUGCAAGGAUCAAGAAAAUCAUGCAGACGGAUGAAGAAGUUGGAAAAGUGGCUGCUGCCGUACCGGUCAUCAUUUCUCGAGCCCUAGAGCUCUUCAUUGAGUCUUUAAUUACAGAAACUUCCCAGACGACUAUUGCUAAAAAUGCUAAAACUCUCUCAACAUCUCACAUAAAGCAGACAAUUGAAUCAAAGAAACAGUUUGAUUUCCUGCGAGACUUGGUGUCCAACCUGCCAGAUCAUCAAAACGAGGAGAACAAUGGAGAAGGUGUUCACACCGAGGCAGAUGUCGUGGUGAAGAAAGGCCGGGGCAGACCCAGAAAGACCAAAGAUCCCAACGAUAGUAAGAGAGUGAAGGGAGAAUCUUCCAAGGCUUCCACAGACAGCUCGGAGGAAGAGGAAGAUGAGGACGAUGAAGGCACAGAGACAGAUGAGGAGACGCACACUGUGCCCUCAGCCAGCGCCUCCGCCUCCUAUCUCCCGCCCGCCCCCAGCAAGUCCCUUCAGCAGAACUCCUCCGGUAGCUCACAGGACAGACUGGCAGCUCCCCCUGGCUUGCCGGCACAUGUCGCUCCUCCUGGAUUGCUGCCGAACCAGCAUGGGGGGUGGCCGCCCCAGUUCAUGAACCACCCGGCCUUGAUGCCACUGCCGCCGCCCCUGCGGUUCGAGCCCAUGAACGACCAGCAUUCCCCCCAGGCCUUCCACCAUCCGGCCGGGCAGCCCCAGCAGCGCCCGCCUGUCCCCCCCCACGUGAUGCCGGGCUAUCCGGGGGCGGCCGGCUACGCAGCCAUGUACCAGAGUCCCCACCCAGCCAGUGCCAGCCACCCGUAUCCACUCCCUCCUGCCCCGAUGCCGUCGCAGCAGCAGUACGCGCCGUUGUACCAGCCCAUGAUGCAGCCGCCUCACGCCCUGCCUCCUCACAGUUUACAUGAGCCUGCUCACCAACAACAACCGCAGCAGCAGCAGCAGCAGCAGCAGCAGCAGUCGUUACCAAAUGUACAGCAAGAACAGCAGCAGCAGCAACAGCCUAUGAAUUUAUCGUACUCCGCACGAGCUCAGAGACAUGCCACAGAGGACGACGACUACGACUCAUGACGAAAGAAGGGAAGAAACGAUUUAAUUCAACACUAGAUUAAUGUUUCUUUUUUCUUGUUUUUUUUUCUUCUGAGUGUGUAUGUUUGGUGUGUGGGCUGAACGCCAGAGGAAAGUCCUAGGAUUUUAAAAGAAUUUACAGUAGACCCGCGUCUAGUGAAACAUAACAUUUGUUAUUGUGUUUUUAUUUGUCAAUCAAAGCAGAGAGAGUGAGAGAGGCACUAGUAUUUGUGUUUGUUGAGGCAGCAGCAGGGAAAUGUUUAGUUGUGUACAAUACAGUAGUCUAGUAUGUUUUGUCCUUUAUUUUAUGUUACUGAAGAUCAUAGCAUUCCAUUUUUUUUAUUUUGUAUGUUUUAUUUCAUUUUGUAUUCAACAUUUUUGCUAGUGUGCUCCUUAUUUUCAAAGUCAAGAAUGGUUUGUAGGUAGAUUCUGUUGUUGGAUUUGUUUUUUGACUUGGCUAAUCAGAGCUUUCUUUGAGGUCAGCCACUGUGUUAGUUUUCUGGUUUUGCUUCAAGGAGUUUGUCGUGCGUCCUUGUAAUAAUAAUAGAAUAGUUCGUCCGUCAAUGUCUGACGAUGAUCAAUGCAGUUGCAUUCUAAAAGAAAAAUGUAAGAGAUAAAGAUUAAGAUGAUUUGUGGCUUCAGUAAAAGCCAAUGAGAUAGAUUCUGGCCGAAGAGUUUACCACAUUUUGAGAAUAUGAAGGCUUCAUUUCCACUUGUGGGUGCGUGUAGUUUGGGGGGGCUUCUCUCUUGGCUUCUGAAUUUCUAAUUCGCGAAGCCUCAUAUGUUUUCUAAUUCGUGAAGCCUCAUAUGUUUUGCUGCCCUCUGGUUUGCUGCUUUCUUACUGGGUCUGUCAGGAGCUAGACUCUUCCAUGUCAAUGGAUUAGUGCAUGUUGAAGUCCUUCAGAGACAUUUAUUUACUGGGUGUCUUUGAAGUGUUUUUUUGUGUGCGUCAGCUGUGCGCUUCCCCGAGAACAGCUGUAAAUAGAAUACAAUAAAUGUACUGCCUUUAAAAUCAGGCAUUCCCAAGAAAUGGCAAGCCCAGCGCAGUUGAGUCCUUGGUAUUUGCCCUUUUGAGAAGUUUGGUGUGUAGUAUUUUGUCCUGCCAUUUGAUGCUGAAAAUCCUUCAUAAAUAAAUGUAUAAAGAUGAACUUCUGGUUUUAGUUUUGGGGGAACUUCCCCCCCCCCCCCUGUGUGUUUGUACACACUCACAUGAAUGCAGCACAUGUUGCCAGGGUUGCUCUUCCUCUCUCUUUUUAGAGUGAAGACAAUUUUGUAGGCCAUUUUGUCAGAUUGUUCAGAACCUUUUCAAUUAGGAAGGGCAAUUUUUAUCCUCAAAACUCGUCUCUUACUUGAAGGUAGAAAUGGGAGGUAGUUUUUUUGACUUCUCCUUGUCUAUUUCUGUCAUGGCAUUUCUGUGGGAGCCACGAGCACCAGGAACAGUUUCUCGGCUUUGCUACAGAUGAGAAAAUCAUUAGAGCUGCAAUGUGUAUGCAGUAAAAAGAAAGAUUUAUAGCAGAGAAAUUGAUGUCUUGUUGGCAAUUUUUGUACCUGCAAACACAGCAGGUAUUGCUUUCAGUGUCAGCUAAAGAUUUGGGUAAAUAAAAAGAAUGGGAUAGGAGAACGGUUGUGGGAUGUUGUGCUCUGUCACUGUCCUUUGUACUUUGAGAAAUUUGAGCUUUAUGAAGUUAACCUUUUUUUUGUCUCUUCUCCUCUCGCAUAUUGCCUUUGAGGUACUAUCUAUUAUUGCAGAUUUUUGUAGUCUCUAAAGUAACUGCGCUCUUGGAAAGGCUAAAUGAUGUCAAUUAAAUUAUAUCAUUUUUAAAUGUCUUUGGCCAAUAGGAUAUAAGGAAUUUUACAGCAGUAAUAAAGAUACAUAUAUUUUCUAGUUUGUUCCAGAGGACAACAGAUUUUCUCAGCCUGAAUAGCCAGGUCUAGAAGUUAUGUAAACUCAGAAGAAAAAAAAAAAUGGAGUUACAAGAUGCCAGCAUGACGCGCAGGAAUGCAGUUGUUUCUGUUUUAUUUGUCUAUGGAAGAUCAAAGAUCUUGUUCUGCUGAUCGGAUUAAUUUGAAUUUAAGACCUCCUGCCUCCAGGAAGUAAUGAAAGUGUUGUAAAAGACUCUUUUGCACGAGCCACAAACUUAUUGUUGUCUUAUCAUAGUUGUUUUUCAUUAAGAUUUUACCCUUUUUGUAAUAAACAAUUAUUUUCUAGUUUUCCGAAAUUGAUUUUGAAAAUUGUCAAUUUAUUUACUGAUUUUACUUCUAAAGUUAGCGGUAAAACAAGUGUUUUGUGUUACAUGUACACUAUAUACACACGCGCAGUGUUCUUGAGCUGGGCUUUUUUUUCAGUUUGCUGAGGGUGUGGUUGUUCAACUUCCUGCCUUUUGUCUGUGUGUACUUACUCGCUAGAGUUCAUUCUUUGACCCGGGCCAAGGGGAAAAACCCCCCAAAAAUACAGCAGGAGAGCACUCGGGACUCAUGAUCUGAGUGUGGCCCGGCCGCCUCAGAGUGUCGGGUAGUUAGGGACGAAACACUUGCUUGAAGGAAGCUCUUCUCUGAAGAUCUCCUGCUGUCCGCUUGCCCGACGAGUUUUCUCCCUCUUACUCUAUUGCUCUAGUUAUUUCCAAAGCAUUGGAAGGAGCUGACUUGCUGUUUUUUUCACUCACAGUAUAGGGAAGGCUAUUCCUCAUUUGUACGCAGCCAAUUUUGUCAUUAUUAAAGUUUCCGGCGUCACAAACUUCCUUGUAACUCCGCUCCUGUGUAAACUAUUUGCAUAAAAUAAACACUGAACUGGGUAGAAAUUAAUGAUCCAAGCAAUAAAUAUAUCUUUUGAUCAUAGAUAAGAUGGAUGGGCUGGUGUUUGGUAGAAAUGAAUGAUUCGAGCAAUAAAGGUACAGUUUGAUGAUAGAUAAGAUGGAUGGGCCAGUGUUUGGUAGACUUUUGUUAUGGCUGUACUGUAAACAAUCGAGUGAUGCUGGGGGCAGGCUGAACCGGUGCGCCGUAUACUGAAAGUUGAUAUAAUGUAUGAUGAGGUUGUUCUGGAAAAAAAUGGGGAGACUUUAAACUGUUAAGUCAACGCGCUUGGUUUUGUUUUAGUUUUGUUUCUUUUCGUCGGUGAAUGAACAUAUUUCUGUUUUGUUUUCAUGUUAGAAAAACAAAAAGUUUUGGUUGUAAAGAUUUUGUUAUUUGUUUUAUGCAGGGUACCCAAAGUUCCGACUCAGAAUGACAGCUUUAACUUUAAGAUUUUAUAACAUCUGCCAAUUUUCUCAGUGGUAAUGCUAGUUUCAGUAUUUUACCUAGGACGUAAUGUAUUUUGUUUUCAACAGCUAUUAAGGGCAUUAUGUUGUUGACUUUGAAAAUCUGUUGGUUUCAUAAAUAUUUCAAUGUUUCUCGUGCAAAUUGAUAAAACUUCAAAAAUCUUUUCUCUUCUGAAUGGUACCGUGGGUAGUGGGGGUCGCGAUAGACAAAUAAAAUGAGAAAAAGGUUUGGUCCUACUUUGUAAGUUCUACCUGCUGUGCUGUUAUAUAUAGAUAUAACCCUCCAGGCACAACCUUUCAUCUCCGCAUGUGGGAAGUUGUUUUGUUGUUGUAUUGAACCACAGCAAGGUCGGUAAAUGUCCUGGGUAGGAUGGGGCUCCCUGACUGACCUCUGUCUGGGCAUUCAAUAUAUGUGAAGCGUGCUGACAAAACGAAGUAAGUUCUUCUCGGAUUUUAGCCCUUUGGCCAUAGAUACAUCAAAUUUGUAGAUUGAGUGAGUCACACUCGUACUAUAUAAUGACAUGGAAAAAAAAAGGCAUGGGUUGAAAAUCCUCUAAUUUGAUCCAUUUUGCGGCUGAUGUCUGCAUUCGUGGAUUAGAUUGCAAGAUGCAACUCAUUUUGUCAGCGUGCUUCUCAUAUAUAUUUGUCCAAAACAGAAAGUUUUUGUAUUCUUGGAGACUCUGCACGGGGUUUGGUUUAGGGGUGAGUGAUGUGUUAUGAUGUUAAAACUUCCUCAUGCUAGAUCCAGGCGUCAACUUCAUGGUUUGUGUAAUAGGCUGCAUUACGAUUUACGUGUAUUGGGACGAAACACUUUGUACUAAGUAGUAGUUUUGAUUGAGAAGUUACGUUAUAUAUAUAUAAUAUGUACAUUCAUUUCUUGUUGAUUGUUAAUUGAAGCUUGUAAAAGUAAACUGGACUUAAAUGUUC